AUGUUUUCAUCAAAUAUAUUUCGUAGAUCUCGAAAUUUGACAUCACGUAUCUUAUACGGGAGAUUUUCUCGCUUCUCGAUUAAGAGAAAUGCUAGUAAAAUUUUUAGAAUACAAACUAAUUCCUUCUCUUCCAAGUCCAUGAAAAUAGCUAUUCUGGGGGCUGCUAGCAAGACGGGAACUUGUCUCUCGUUAUUUCUAAAACAAUCAUCUCUGAUCGACGAAUUGGCAAUCUUCGAUAAUAAAUGUACUUAUGGUCUCGCACUGGAUUUAAAUUAUAUUGACACAAGGUGCAAAGUGAGCACGUGUAAUUAUCCCGACAAAAGUCUCGAGCAUACUCUCGGAGGGGCAAAAAUAGUAAUGAUCGUUGCCGAUCGAUCGAUUGCGGAAGAAUCAAAUCCAUAUCAGGUCCUAAAAUCCAACGCAGACAAGUUGUCCGAUUUAUUACCGAAUGUGAUUAAAUAUUGUCCGCAGGUAAUAAAUUAA